UAACUCCAAAGGAGAACAAAAAAAAAAAACCAACUUUGCGGCUGCUCUGCUGCAAAUAGCGCGUUGCAUCUGCUCCCAAUCAUUCAUGUUUUCGCCAAACAGCCGAUUCCGUUAAGUGUUUCUACCGUAGCGCUCAGGAAGGAGGCAGUGGCUGGUGGUGUUGGUUGUGGUGGAGGUGGUUUUGCCGAUCAGUUGUGGUAGAGGGUAGGAAAGAAAAAAAAAGUGGAAAAUGAGUUCAGACAGCCGCAGCAGGAGCAGGAGCAGAAGCAGGAGCCCAAUGGACCGUAAGAUCCGCUCUGAUCGAUUUUCCUAUCGAGAUGCACCUUACAGGAGAGAUUCACGUCGGGGUUUCAGCCGAGACAAUCUGUGCAAGAACUGCAAGAGGCCUGGUCAUUAUGCAAGAGAAUGCCCGAAUGUUGCAAUUUGCCACAACUGUGGCCUCCCUGGGCACAUUGCUUCUGAAUGUACCACAAAGUCGCUGUGCUGGAACUGUAAAGAACCUGGCCACAUGGCCAGCAGUUGUCCAAAUGAGGGCAUUUGCCACACCUGUGGUAAAGCUGGACACCGUGCUAGGGAAUGCUCAGCCCCUCCAAUGCCUCCAGGGGACUUGAGGUUGUGCAACAACUGUUAUAAGCAGGGGCACAUUGCCGCGGAAUGUACGAAUGAGAAGGCUUGCAACAACUGUAGGAAGACAGGCCACUUGGCACGUGAUUGUCCUAACGAUCCAAUUUGUAAUUUGUGCAAUGUUUCUGGGCAUGUGGCUAGACAGUGUCCGAAAGCCAAUGUUCUUGGAGACCGCAGUGGUGGCGGUGGUGGCGGCGGCGGUGCUCGUGGUGGCGGCGGCGGUGGCUACCGAGAUGUUGUUUGCAGGAACUGCCAGCAAUUAGGUCACAUGAGUAGGGAUUGCAUGGGCCCCUUGAUGAUUUGUCACAAUUGUGGAGGUCGUGGUCACCUGGCAUAUGAGUGCCCUUCGGGUCGGUUUAUGGACCGCUACCCCAGGAGGUACUGAUGAUGGUAUGCGUUACCAGUUAUAUGGAUGUUUUUCUGUGAUUUUCUCGCCGAGGACAGAUUGUUGAGUCUUGGUAGUGUAUGUGUUUUUGCCUUAUUAUUUUUAACUGGCUAGAGACAUGACAAUGCUUGUGCUGGGAAUAAGAAUUUGCUACUGGUAAAACAUGUAUGGGAUGCAUUGGGUUGCCUGAUGAGGUUAUUUUUUAUUGGUUCAGUACAAGUUUUUAUGUCGUUAGUUUUAAAAGAUCUGUUGUUUUUUUAAAAUUAGCCCCAGCCUUGUGCCCCAAGGCCCCAAGGUUUUAUUUGGAUUACCCAAAUGAAAUGGAAUAACAUGGUUUAUGUCGUUA